AGUGGGGGUCCUUUAACUCGGCAGCGAAGGGACGUUGCCGUGGAAGCCCUCCAGACAGCAGGGCUGCAAAGGUCGUUGUGUCUGACCUCUACGCCAUGAACUUCAGAGCCUCCGCCACUAUGGACGAUAUCACAGGUGAAGAACCCGAGCACUUCAAGUACGGAGAGGAGACCAUGGAAGCCUGGAAGGAGGGUCGACUCAGUGAUGACAUCAUAGCCGAGCAGCGGAAAGUGGAGGCGGCGGAGCUCGUCAUCUUCCAGUUCCCUCUGUACUGGUUCAGUGUUCCAGCCAUCAUGAAGGGCUGGAUAGACAGAGUCCUGACUCAAGGCUUUGCCUUCUCACUGCAGAAGAUGUACAACAAUGGAAUAUUCAAGGUUUGACCUUUUGACCCUUUUGAUCAUGUGUUUAGUUCCAGUAGCCUCUGUUAGAGUUUCAUACCCAUUGACAAUGAGCAGGAAAACAGCAUACGAUGGCACUAUAGUUUCAAUGUAACUUUAUAUGAAGGGACCUCAUAACCCAUAUAUAACCCAUAUGUAACCCAAACAUAACCCAUAUAUUACCCAU